AUGGACGGAUCCUCCAGCCCACGAUGGGCUCGCGGGUGCAAACCCGUUGCGAUCAAUCCUCUCCCGGCGUCGUUUGUGACGUUUUUCCCAGCGGCCAGCGAGGCCAAGACGAAAUCCCUCGAAACUUCGUGGGCAGACAAGUUUGUUGCCCAAAGACCAGCGACAAUCUCCCGCGCCUGGUGCCGCGUCCCCGUCGCGGCCGGUCCUUUGACCAUUCAUAGAGGCAGAACAAUCAUGAAGCGAGUUGGCCGACCAGCGAGCGCUCCGGCAGUGAGGCCACAACAGGCCGCUGCCGUUGAAGCUGCUGCUGAGGAUCCAGAAGAGAUACAGAGGGCGAGCCGUCGUAGACUCAAUUCGUUUGUGCCACCAGCUUAUGACGCUGAGCUGGAGCUGGCAGGAUCACCUCCAUCUCGAGCAGAGGUUGUCAACAUAAUGAUCCGUGCCAAGGUCAACGUCGCAAACUGCUUCCUCCGCGAAGAGCACUCCAACCUAUCAGCACAGAAACUCGUGGCCAAGCAGAGCACAUUCUCCAAGUUGAUUGUUCCUUUGAAGCGCCGCUUCCACGAUUACUCCUCCAUUGACCUUGAAUACGCCAGCGGUGGCAAUAGAAUUGCCAUUUUCAGCGAGCUCGAUCCCAUCAUCUCCAAAGCUCUCCAGACCGGCGCCACAGAGAUCGACGUCAGCAUGGCAUCCAUCACAGAGGCCUCAGCCAACCUCCAAUCGACCCGUCGUAACCCACGAACGUCCCUCGCCGCUAGCGGCACACCAGACCUACCAGACAUUGCAGACAUUGCUGAGCCAUCGAGCCCUCUGGCUUUGGAACCGAACGAGUCUAGGACCGACGCCAAGUCGCCUACGAAGAGAUCUACCCAAUCACCAAGCCCGACAAAGAACAAAAGCUUCCGCAAGAGACUCAGCGACACCAUUGUCAAGCUGCUGCCUGCUUCCAGCCCUCGUGCUGAACCCUCUCCCAUUAAGCCAGCUAGUCCUCCGACACCCAAGAGAGAUUCUCGCGAAAGAAGAGGAUCCAUCAUUAUCAGAAGCCCCAAUACAACAAGAUCGCCAUUGUCGUCAAAUUCAACCCCUGGCCUGAUUCAGUGGCCCGGCAGAAUGUCCAAAGAAUCACCUUUUGCGCGUUGGCGGCCAAAGCGCAAGUCAGAGCCCGUCACUCGUCUUUUACCAGAGUUCCCAUCUCCUUCUCGCAACGACUUCUCUCCUGUUAGCUCUAUAGCGCCUGAAUCUCCUAUUCGCCACCUUCGCCCUCGCGAGCCUACCCCUUCCAAAUGGUACAGCUUCCAGCCUUCAACGCCUAGCAGAAAACCAACUUCUAAGGCAGCUAUGCACAGCUACGAUGGCGAAUUGGAACUAGUCAAGACUCUACCCUCGUGGAUGCAGCACACCGAAUCAACCUCUGCACUCGAAAACUGCGACCUCAGCAAUAUCGAUUUUGGACCCGCCUCUCCCUCAUUCACCAGUUCAGUUUCCUGGAUGAACAGCCCUGAGAGUGCCAGUGAGAGAGAGCGCACCAGAAUCAUCAGGCGACGCAAGAGUGAGCCGCUGUUCAGAAGCUUGCUCAAAACUCAGACUUCGCGGCGAAUCUCACUUUCACCUCAGAAAAUUGAGGGCGCGAGCGGGGUUAUGCCUCCCUCUGAACUUUUCUCCCACCUUGAAGAAAUCCCCCAAACUUCUAGUCUUUUCAAUAUUUCUGAAAGCUCUAAUCUUCUCGCAUCAUCUUCAGCCAGCAUUUCUGCAAGUAUCAACUCUCUAGCAUCGCCUUCAGCCAACGUGUCUGAACUUUCCAAUCUUCCUACAGCUCUAGCCAACGUGCCCGACUCAUUAUCAAUAAAUACCAUCGAACAAGCCGACGAGAACAUGGAUGCUCUCAACGCGCAAUACAAGGGGAGGAUGAAGGCUAUCAUGAGAGCCACCGGUAGCACCCUCGACGCCGACGAUGUCUUCAAGCCCGACAAUGAGCAAACCGCAGUGGAACGACUGGCCAAGAUGGCAGAGACUCAGUGCAAUGGCCACGCUAAGGUCGUGGUCGCCAAGGAGAACGGAAGACUUUUUGUUCGGUUUAAGCUGCCGUUUGAAUAUUCCCACCUCUUCCCCGAGUGCCAAGGUGCAGACGAGAAUCACAUCUCGAGCUCUCUCUCUAUUUCCAAAUCGCCACGAGUCCAGGCUCCUCCUCUUUCUUCUCCGAGACCUCCAAUGACGGAGGAUGAGAUGUGGGAGCUGGAGGAAGAACUUUACCUCGAAGAGUGCGCAGCACAGGAUAAUACCCUCGCCGUUUCGGACUUUGGCAGCUCCCCUGUGAAGCAGCAGAGCACCACUUCACCCGCCUAUGACAGGCUGCCAACAAGCUCGCCUGCUAAGCAAAGCAAUACCUCUCCGGCCUACGACAGGCUUCCUACCAGCUCACCCUCGCUGGCGCCGCAAGACUCGAACGACGUCAGCAUAACUUUCCCUGACGUCUCCUACGAGCUUGAAGGCAAUACUACUAUUCCUGGUCUCACGGCCUCGUCGCCUGUCAAGACCCCCAUCCAGAGCAAGUUCACGAUCAAUUCGGACAGCUCCUCGCUCUCUGACCUCGAAAGCACACCACCCAUGAGCAAGUCAGCCGAGCUUAGCAUGGCCAAGCUGGCCACCACCACCACCACCAAUGAGAAAGCGCAAGAAGAAGCUGAUCUCAAUCUCUCUUUCACGCCCGUCAACCGCAAGUCAGCUCCUAAAGCCAACGUCGAGAAGGAAGCCGAAAAGUCACAGCCUGCGCCUUCGUCAGUUACCAACCGCGCCGAUUCACCAGAGCGUGAUUACAUGCGAGACUUUAUCCGGCGCUCAAAGCACAGGCGGUCUUCGACCACGACUACGGCUCUCGGCUCUCCGAUCGCACAGAACCAGCGACAACCUCUCGGCGCUAGAAGCCCUAACAUGGAGACUCAGCAGCCAGAGAAGCGCAAGUUCGAGAGCAGCGAAGGCGAUGAGAACGAGGCUGCAGCCGAGCCUGCCGCAAAGAAGAUCCGCCGUCCCCGAUCCACCCCGCCGAGGCCUGCUGCCGCAGCUGCCAACGCGGACUCGGGUGAUGAGGAUCCUCUUUCGGUGGAUGCCGCUGCUCCUCCGGCUGCCCCAUCCCCAGCCCCUCCCGCCUCUGAUUCUUCCUCCCGCCGAUCGUCUCGCCUCAGGACCAGAAGUGCUAUCCCGAAGCCUUCUGGUCCGGCACCUGUCCGGGUGGGGCGUCCUGUUGGACGUCCGCGCACCGAGAAGGGGAACGUGGUGGACAUUGUCCACCAGACUCGCGCCAACACCCGCCGUAACAAGGGGAAGGCCGAGUACCCUUCUCAGGUGCUCGCCCGGCAGGCCGAGGCGGCAGGAGAAGCAGAGGAGGAGGUCGGCGCCCAGGGAUCCGACCAGCCCGCUGCCGCAGCAGUCCCCAGGACUCGCCGCGGCAAAAGCGUGGUCUGGAAGGAGCCCCUGGCCGACUUCCACGAGGAGGAGGCCAAGCCCCAGGCGGCCAAGCCCAAGCGAGGCCGGCCCGCAGGGGCUGCCGGUUCCAAGACCACGGCAGCGAGGCCCUCUGGCGCAAACCGCGUCAGCAAGCCCACGCCGAAGGUCUCGGCAGUUGCUGCCCGGCAGCGAACCUCACGGAUCGCUGCCGGCCUGGGCAUGGCCGGUAACGGGACCCCCGCUCCGAAGCGGGCGACCCGUGCGUCGACCCGGAGCCGAAAGUAA